AUGGUAUUACCGUACCUGAGAGUCGUUCUCUUAGUCUCUUGGGUGACUUUCUGUAAUGAUUUUCCUUUGAGGCUUUACAUUGAGUCUGUUGCCAAAUUGGCUGCAAUGAAGGUAGGCUCACUCCUUCGUUUGAUGAGUUAUCUCACUUUUGAGACUAUUCUUUAUGCUCAUAAGUUCACCAUUCACCCUGUUAUUGAGUACUGUUGUCGUAUAUGGGCAGGUGCUCCUGUGGAUUAUUUAACUCUGUUGGGCCACAUUCAUCGCCAUAUUUGUAAUGCUAUUGGUCCUGAUCCAUCUUCUGAAUUGGAUUCACUCUCUCAUUGUCGUCAUGUGGCUUCCUUGUCUCUUUUCC